ACACCUAAAGAGGCACUCAUUACAGCCAGCUCUAUCAGUAACUGUGUGCAGAUUCCUAGGGUUCAACAUGUUGGGGUCGGUUUUCUCCGUUCUGCUUGUUUUAACCCUGCAAACCCAUGACAGUUCAGUGGAGGGUCUGGAGCAGCGGGCGUAUGACUACACCAAGUACCACACCAUGGAUGAGAUCAUGCAGUGGAUGUGGACGAUGGAGAAGGAUCAUCCUGACGUGGUUACCAGCGUCAUCUACGGAACCACGUAUGAAAAGAGGAACAUCACGCUGCUGAAGAUUGGUCUGAACAGUACCAAGCAGAAGAAGAUAAUCUGGAUGGAUUGUGGGAUUCAUGCUCGAGAAUGGAUUGCUCCGGCUUUCUGCCAGCACUUUGUGAAGGAGAUCCUGGGCUCCUACAAAACAGACUCAAAGAUCAGCGAGAUGUUGAAAAAUCUGGACUUCUACAUCACACCAGUGCUGAACAUGGACGGAUAUUUGUACUCGUGGAAAGACAACACGACGCGAUUAUGGAGGAAAACAAGGUCACCUGGGUCUGAAAACUGCACGUGUUUUGGCACGGAUCUCAACCGCAACUUCUAUGCUAACUGGGGAAUGGUGGGAAUUUCCAGAAACUGCUGCUCGGAGAUCUAUAAUGGAAAGUCUCCUCUUUCGGAGCCUGAGGCCCAGGCAGUGACGGACUUCCUGAGCAACAAUCGAGACAACAUCCUCUGCUUCCUCACCAUCCAUUCGUACGGCCAGCUGAUCCUGCUGCCUUACGGGCACCCCAACAUCACCGCCCCCAAUCAAGAUGAGCUGAUGAAAGUGGGUCUGGCUGCAGCAGAGGCCAUUAAAGCUGUUCACAGUAUGAGCUACACAGUGGGAACGCCUCCUGAUGUGCUGUACCCCAAUUCGGGCUCGUCCCGUGACUUUGCACGUCUCAUCGGCAUCCCGUUCUCCUUCACGUUUGAACUCCGUGAUAAGGGAGAUCACGGCUUCAAGCUGCCAGAGGACCAGAUCCAGCCCACGUGUGAGGAGGCAUAUCAGGGUGCAUUGUCCAUCAUCACGUACGUCCACGAUAAAUCCUACGUCCGUGCGGCGGCUACGAGCAUUGCAGCUACACUGUGGAGCGUUGUCAUGGCUGUGUGGCUCUCUAGCGCCACCGACUGACCUCGUACCAGAACUGAAAUCAAUCACAUAGGUUAAGUAACCUGGUUUAUUCUUUUAUUAUCUCCCCAGUUACUCCAAAAUGGCUGUCAUUACUCAGAUAUUAUAAACAACACUCUGGACAUACAGUGUUGAUGGUGCAAUUUUGUCUGAAAAAUAAAAAUUUUUAGAGACCUGUGUGAA